UAGGGUUGUGCAUACCCACUAAGGCACAAAGACACUUGUACCGUGAGAAGCGUUGCUCCGCUGCAACAGCCAAGCACGACGGUCCCUGGAGCCUACAGACUAGCACUUUCUGUUCAUUCCUAAAUACAUGGACACUGAUGCAAUUGGAGAUCCUGUUGACAAGCUCAAAGCAAUCCAGAAUGACGGUGAAGAAGAUCAAGAUGAAUAUGAUGAUUUUGAUGAUGAUGAUGAUGAAGAAGAAGAAGAUGAACCUAUUACUCUUGGUUUUGUGGAUAAGCCAAAGAAUCAAUGGUCUCUUCACCGUCAAUAUUUCCCAAGCAAAGCUGGAGGAGUCCCUGCUUGGCUUGACCCUCUGAAUAUACCGUCAGGGAGAUCAUCUAUGUGUGACAUUUGUGGAGAACCUUUACAAUUCUUGCUUCAGGUUUAUGCACCAACUGAGAAGGAAACUGCAUUUCACCGAAUGUUGUUUGUUUUUAUGUGUCCUUCCAUGAAAUGUCUUCUCAGGGAUCAGCACGAGCAAUGGAAACGCCAUCCAGAAAAGCCGUCUAGAAGUGUGAAGGUUUUCCGUUGUCAAUUACCUCGCGUGAAUCCAUUCUACUCACCUGAAUGCCCUCAGUAUAAUGAGAGCCACAAACCUGCUGGCAGUGGAGGUUGGUUUACUCAUCAUUAGAAAAGUUUUUCUUCA